AUGACGAAUGAGGAGCUUGUUCAGGCUGGCCUGAAGUCGAUGGAUGAGACAGAUCACGCCAUUGAGCACUCCAAACAGGUGGUUCUACAAACAGUUGAAGUGGGAACACAAACUGCUGUUACUUUAAAAGGCGAAACUGAGCAAAUGGGUCGCAUUGUUAAUGAUUUGGACGCCAUUCACUUCUCUAUUAAAAAGGUGUCCAAACUUGUAAAGGAGAUAGAGCGGCAGGUGGCUACAGAUAAAUGCAUCAUGCUUUUCAUAUUUCUUAUUGUAUCUGGUGUCAUUGCCAUUAUUAUUAUGAAGAUUGCGCACCCUGAGAACAAAUAUAUCAGAGAUAUACCAGGAUUGGCUCCUCCAGUUCCUUCUGCAAGAAGAUUGUUGUAUGUAAGGUCUGGGGAACUUUUUUCCUAA